ACAGUGCAGCUACCUCUUGAUAGAGUUUCUAUGAAUUUUGAAAUUUCGGUUUUCUAAUAAUUCAUUUUUCAAGACAAUGAUCUUUAAUUGUUGUUGUUAGUGAUUAUAUACAAAAGAAAAUUAAAGAAAAGUUAAAAGAGGGGAAAAAAAAGAUUACACGCAGUAGUAAUCUAUUUCUUACCCUGGUUCAUGACAUAAGCAAACUGGACAAGAUAAAUAUAAAAGGUAGCAAUUGGAAUUGUUUCUUGCGAUAAAAUAUCAUAAAAGACAACCUGUUAUCCUUGUUGAAUUUGGACAGUCGUAAAAAUGGAGGAUUGUCCGCGGAAGAAAAUUUCUGGAAAUAAUGACAAUAAAUCGAAUGUUGAAGAAAAUGAAAAAGUUAACAACAAAUGUUGUCACCAGUACUUAACCUAUGACAUUUUAAGAAUUAUAUUUGAAUAUUUAAAUGCAGAAGAAUUAGCGAGUGCUUCGAUGGUUUGCAGGUGCGAACUCAUUAACUGUUUUCAUUGUUUUGGUAUAUUAAAUGAGAGUAAAGCUCAUGUUUUUAUUAACCUCUCAUCCUGGCUUGAGGCAGCAAAUAGUGAAAAACGAACUAGGGGUCCUAUAUGUUUGAUAAAAAGUUGUACAUCAUCCAAUGAAGAAGUGGACGAGGAAUAUGUCAAAGUCGAAAUAUUUAAAAAAUUGAGAAUAAAACCAGCAUUAGGAUUGUUUUUUACACCUCCAUUAUCUCGUUUCAGAAAGAAAGAUUGUCAUUGCAACAUCCUUCCAUCAAAUUGUCACACUGUAACAUUGACAACUACAUAUGGUAUUGUUAUCAAUGAUAAGGAAAUGCAGGAAAAUGUAGAAAAUAUUUUAGGUGUAUUUUUACCCGAUUUACCGAAUGUAACGGUUAAAACAGUUACAUUUAUAGAUAAUAUAUUAUUUAAAAUAAAUGGUAUAUCAGAAUCUAAGAAAAAAUAUAUUGAAGAAAUAAAAAGUGUUCUUGACACAGCUGGAAAGGAUACUAAUACAUCUAAAUGUUUACUACUAUUUUGUGAUAGAUCGCAAGGACGUAGUUCGGCAAUAGAAAUUGCAAAUUCUCUAAAAAAAUGUUAUAAAGAAGAUGAACUUUCAGUAUGGGGAGGAGUAGUCAGGUGUGGAUUUGUAUGCAAUUCAAAAGAGACACCUAACGAUCAGUGUACACAAUUUGCAUUCUGCACUGCUGUUGCUUUGGUUGGGCCAAUCGACACGUGGUCUUUAAUUGUUGAUAGAAAUCAUAAUACUAAAGAGAAAGUUGAGCAGCGAUUGAAAUUAUUUAGAAAUCGUAUUUGUUUAAAGAAACAUUCCAUAGGAUUGAUGUUUGCGUGUUGUGCGCGUGGUGAAAACAUGUUUCAGGAAUGUAACGUGGAAUCAUCUAUAUUUAAAAAAUUAUUUCCAAAAGUACCAUUAGCAGGUUGUUUCGGCGAUGGUGAAUUCGGAACAAAUAGGAUACCUAACGAACCUUCUAAUAAUAAGAGAACAAGAUGGUAUAAUGAAAUGUCUACCGUAUUUUUGAUAAUCACGUACGAUGAUUGAACUUCAGAAAGUUAGUUUAAGUUUAUGAUAAAAUUAUGACGACUGUAUAUACAAGUGAUAUUAAAAUAAUCCUAAAUUUUAAUGUAUACAGUAAAUAUUAAAUUAAGUUAGUUGUAACAUGGAAAAAGAAGUCGGCAGUUAUAAUUUACAUAAAGAAAAAGUAUGUAAGAAUGUGUGAUAAUAUAUUUUAUGUUGAUAUAACAAAUUAUUUUAUCAUGUCUAUUCGAUUUGCUGUUUUCGUUGUCUUCUUUAUGCAAAGAGUUUUCUUGUCUUGUUAUCAGCGCAAAAAGUAAUAGUCUUGUUUUAUAAUAUAUAUAUAUAUAUAUUAUAUGUAUAUGUGUUACUAUUUACUUUUACGUGAUACGAAAAUACAUAGCAUAUCCGCCGACAGUUAAUUGGGCAAAAACCUGCACCUCUUUGAAUAUAAUUAUAAUAUUUAAAGCACUGUCGGGUAACCACUUGAUAGUAUUUCCGCAAACACGAUACCUGUGUUAAAGAUAAAAUAGCGUAAACUGGGCCGUCGCGUGAGUCUCCAGCAAUGUUCGUUACGAUAUUGUCAGGGUUUAUAAGAAGGUUCGGGCCUUGCAGUUUUCGUCAUCCAAUUAAGAGAAAUUGACGAUUUAAUUCACGUGUCUAAAUAAUUUUGUAAUUAUUUUUUAGCAUUCUUUUUAAAUACUGUAACGCUUGUUUGUGGCCUUUACAAACGGAAAAAUGUCUGUAAUAAACUCAUUGGAAAUUUGUACAGUA